CAUUAAACAGCACAUGAGAUGACAUUUAUAAAUUUAUUUUCAUUGAAAUUUAUUUAUAUUCGCAUUCCGCAUAAACGCGAUGCAAACUGUUAUUUUAAAAAAUGUUUUAUAAGUAUAAUAAUAAAAAAUGCAAAAGCUCACUAAUGAGCGUAAAAAUACAUUUAAAAAAUUGCGUGCCAUACAAAAAAAUGCCAUUAAGAGUGGUGUCAAUUGGUCUUUACUGAAGCAAUACAAUUUGAUUUGCAGUUUUAAUCGUGAAACAAAUAUAAAAGGAUCAAAUAAAAGUCUGAUAUUAAGUAUUAUUAUUGCCUUUAUAUUGUUAGUAAUAAGCGUGAUAGUGUCAAAUGUAUUUUUAAGUGUAAGAUGUAUAUUACCAAAUAACUUCCUAGUGUAGGCGACGCGGCCUGUCGCCGAUUGUGUUUAUUGCCAGAACGUCACAAGACCUGUUAUAUUGUGGGACGUUACGCGUCGGAAUUUUGCAAACUAUUCAUACUCAUCAAAACCAAUAAUAGUUAAAAAUGCAAUAAAACACUGGAGAGCUACCAAAGAGUUUAGUUUUAAUAUGUUCAGAAAGCUGUAUGAGGGUACAGCCGGCAGCUAUGAAAGCCUCGAAGAUGGAUGUCAAUUUCUUAACUUUAAGUCAGACCUAUUUAGUCUGCAAGAAGUUUUCAAUAUGCCUGAGGCUAGAGCCAGGAAUGCUCCCGGACAAGAGCCCUGGUAUGUGGGAUGGGGCAAUUGUCAUCCAGAUAUUUUAUCCAAAGUAAGACAAUAUUAUGAUGUACCUGAAUUUUUGCCAGAGGAUGCGGAGUAUCCAGCAACUGAGAAUAUAUUUUUUGGAUAUGAAAUUGGAGCUGUUAUGCAUUUGGAUUACAUACCAAGACUAAUGUGGCAGGGCCAAGUUAGAGGGAACAAGACAUGGACGAUAGCCCCUGUACCAGAAUGUGAUCAUGUCUGUAAAACAAUAGAGUUCUAUGUAGAACCUGGUGAUGUUGUUUUGCUGGAUACACGCAUCUGGUAUCAUGCCACAAGGAUUCCAAAGGGUCAGUUUUCUAUAACUGUGCAGUCUGAAUAUGGAUAAAUUUGACUGAAGCUAUUUCCAGUACAAAAUUACAGCAACAUAUCGACAUACCAAAUAUUCCCAAUGACCUGAUAUUUUAUAUUAUAUUUUUAAUGCUUUUUAUACACUUAUGUGCCAUUUGUAUGUAGUGCAACUACUAGUAUUUAGCUUUAAUUUAAUAUUUUAUCAGUAUUUAUUGUCAUGUAUUGUACAACAUGAUAUUUUAUAAAGCUCUAUUAAAUUUUGUAAUGGUUUUA